AUGACACAGCGCAAGUUGGACACCAUAAAGCGGCACACGGUACGUCGGCACGUGGAACUACUUGCCAUGCCCGAAGCCGAUCGUCAGCAGCUCUAUCAACAACUGGUCAGUCAGUUGAGUGUCUUCUCAGCGUCGGGAGGGACGACGACGGCAACGACGGCAACGACGACGACGACAACGACGACAUCCACAUUGGCGGAGCCAUCUUAUUCGGAGAUGGCCGAGUGUCCAGGGCUCUUGUUGCCAGGGUCCACGAGUCACAUGCGACCGACCACUUCAUGGCCGGUGUCUCGACACAGUGCCUCAUCCGCCCUAGCAACAGCACCAGUAUUCUGUCUGCAGAAUGGACUGUCGACGGUUGGGCAUCGGGGUCGUCAACGGAACGUGGAGACGACUGGGCAUCGGGGCCUCUUGACCGGCCGACUGUCCAAGUCCGGUGCUGUGGGGCCGGCGAGUUGCAGACCAGGUUCCGGGUGUCUUAGAGGCCCGGUCGACCGAAGUCUGGCUCAAGGCACCGUCUCACCGACGUCCCAACCGUCGAGUCAGCCGCCUCCGUCACUCUUCCCACCGACAGCACACUUACAAAACCCAAUAGUACACUCUUCCUCCUCCUCCUCCUCCUCCUCCUCCUCAUCCUCAGCCUCGCCGCCUCCUCUUCCGUCCAUCCUCGAGGCUGUC